AAUGGAAAAUCUAGUUUGACUUACAUUGAUUAUUAUUUAUCAUAUACGGAAGCAUUCAUUUUACAAGAGGUCACUUCACCCGAAGUAAUCAAAGCGUUGAAAGAUAUAUUCGCUAGAUUUGGGUUUCCAGAAGAAAUCGUUUCUGACAACGGAAAACAGUUUGUCAGCGCGGAAUUUGAGGCUGUUAGAAUACAUGCCCGGAUAUUCCGAGCACCCACACUUAAGUUACUUAACAGUUGCCCCAGAUUAGAAUACACCACAACGUACUACUGCUCACCUGCAAAUUUCCUUUGUGGUAAAUGCCUAAAAUGAUUAUCGUUUCGUUCUAAUUACGCCUAUCUAAAAACCUGUAUAUAAUAUGAUUCACUAUGAGAAAUAAAUCAGUUAUUACUCCUAGCAUUGGUUGAUGUGCCAUUUUGUGUAACUACUAUGGCGACAUCGAACUCUUGGAACCUAACAGGUUAUGGGCCCAGGAGAACACUCCUGUUUGACGGGGAUGACAGUAAAUACGAGCUAUGGGAGGUAAAGUUUUUGGGAUACAUGCGCCUUCAGAAGCUGUACAAUGUGGUCGUUCCCCCAGAAAGCGAAACGACAGCCCCCAGUGCUGAAAAGAAAGCGCAUGCCUUCGCCGAACUUGUUCAGUGUUUGGACGACAGAAGCUUGUCCCUCGUCAUAAGGGAAGCCAACAACGAUGGGAGGAAAGCUUUGCGCGUGCUGCGAGAGCACUACCAAGGGAAAGGAAAGCCCAGAAUCAUUGCCCUCUACACAGAGCUGACUUCGCUUCGUAUGAAUGACGGAGAGACCACCACGGACUACAUUAUUAGGGCGGAGACCGCGGCAACUGCUCUGAAGGCAGCGGGGGAGGUGAUCAGCGAUAGCUUACUGGUAGCUAUGGCACUAAAAGGUCUUCCUAGCAGCUACAGGGCUUUUGCUACUGUAGUUAUGCAGAGAGAAAAGCAAAUGACCUUUGCUGAGUUUAAGACAGCCCUUCGAAGCCAUGAGGAAAACGAGCGAUGUUGCCGUAGUGAAAGCGACGGUGUUAUGCUGGCUAACGCGUCCAAGGCGCUCCCAGCGAAGUUCCAAGGAAACUGUUAUAAAUGUGGCAAAAAGGGGCACAAAACUGUAAACUGUUACUCCCAUAAAGUAGUGGAUAAAUGGUGCCAACAAUGCCGGACCAAGUCCCACAACACUAAAGAGUGCCGAGUACGGAAGACCGAUGCAGCGAAAACAGCCGCGGAACCCCAAAGAAAGAGGGUAAUAUCAAACAACAUGGACUCCGUUGAACAUUAUUUUACUUUCACCGUUUAA